AUGAGAAAUAUCGACCGUGAUGCGAAUGCCGUGGUGACAGCUGCCGAGAGCCGCGCCGUCCGCCGUAAAAUAGACCUCAUCAUCCUCCCCCUUCUCAUCUGGGUGUAUUUCCUCCAAAUUCUCGACAAGACCGUCCUGGGCUUCAGCGCCAUCUUUGGCCUGCCCGAGGACCUUGACCUGCGCGGCAACCAGUACUCUCUCGUUGGCGCCAUCGCUCCGAUUGCCCAGCUGGUCAUCCAGCCUGUCUCCUCAUGGCUUAUCGUAAGGGUGCCGCACCGGGUGCUGAUGCCAGCCUUGGUUUUGGGAUGGGGUCUGGCGCAGACUGCCACUCCGUUUUGCAGGGACUUUGCCCAACUCAUGACUGCGAGGUUCUUUUUGGGGGUGUUUGAGGGGGGGUGUUUACCGCUGUUUAGUGUUAUUACUGGGCAUUGGUACACGAGGGGGGAGCAGCCUUUGAGAGUGGCGGCCUGGUAUGGGACCAAUGGGUUGGGGACCGUGUUUGCAGCUUUGUUGUCUUUCGGACUAGGGAGGGUCGGGGAGGGACAUGGUGGACUUAGAGGGUGGCAAUGGAUCUUCUUGUCCACCGGAAUACUCACAGUCAUUACCGUCCCUUUUGUUUACCUCAGACUGGACAACGACAUUCACUCUGCUCGGUUCCUAACCGAGUCUCAAAAGAUUGGGGCGCUGGAAAGAGUAAGAGGCAACCAAACAGGCUCAUCCUCCACAAAAGAAAACUGGAAAUGGAAGCAAAUACGAGAAGUCUUGUUAGACAUCAAAACUUGGUUAUUCUUGGGAAUGGCACUGGGAAACAACCUCGGGGCUCAGGUCACCGUCACGUUUGGUCCCCUCAUCCUCUCCGGGCUUGGCUACGAUAAAUACACCACCACUCUCCUCAACAUCCCAUUUGGCGUCAUGCAAUAUUUCGUCAUCAUGUUCACGGCCUGGGGGGCAGUGAGGCUGAGACUUAAAGCCCCGACCUUGUGCGCCAUGAUCCUCAUCAUCCUGGCUGGGCUGACGACUCUGCACACUCUUCCUCGCAGUCAGAAUCAAACAGGAGGCCUUUUGGCAGGAUUCUACUGUCUUGCUUUCAUCUUUGGCUGCAACACGCUGGUUGUAUCGUGGAUACUGGCCAACACAGCAGGUCAGACUAAGCGAGCAGCCGUGAUGUCCUUGUACAAUGCUGCGUCUUCGACCGGAAAUAUCGUCGGACCAUUGCUGUUUCAGACUCAAGAUGCGCCGGCUUACCUGCCUGGUUUGCGAACCACGAUGGGGGUGUUUGCUGCCAUGCUUGUCAUUGUUUUGGUUCAGGUUGGGGUUUUGGCUGGACUCAACAAGAGGCAGGAAAGGAUACGAGUGGGAAGAGGAAAGCCGGCGCGGGUAGGGGACGUGAGCGUGGCAAGAUCCGAUGCAAGAGUGGGAGAAAGAGCAUUUGAUGACUUGACUGAUCUGGAGAACGACGAGUUUGUGUAUCUUUACUAG